AUGUUUAUUAAUAUGCAAACCGAAGAUGUUUGUAUGCAACCGGACGAACUAGACAAAAUUAGUGACCAGUCGUCGAGAUCACUGUUUACGAGAGAAAGAAAUAUAAAAUGUAAGAACUUGGAGCUUGGGUGUCCGGUGGUGGACCACGAAUUAAAUAUGUUGGACCAAUACCAUAGUCUAGUCUUUGACAACCGGGUGGUGGAUGAUGGUCGGUGGCCAAUCGCAUUCCGAAAGUUUUACAGAGUCCUUGGAUAG